GAAUCCAGUGUAUUUUUCACGUUGGCCGCUCGCGGUCACACUGUACACAUCCCUAUAGGUCUCGGCAGAAACAUAUAGAUUUUUUUUAUUAAACACUUACUACAUUAAACUAUAAAAAAACGCCGAAGUAGUUACGUUUUUUAUUGCUGUAACGUAGAAUAAGACGCAUCUCUUUGUUUGCAACGUGUACGUGUGUAGGGUAAGCCCGAGCAAGCCAAAAGUGAAAGUCCCAGAAAAAGUACAAAAAGAGAGAUAGUGUGAAAGAGAGAGAUAGAUAGAGAGAGAACGGUGAAAAAGAGCUAGAGUCUGGGUGAGAGAAAAACGAUUUUUUCAGAGAACAACGCGGAUUUUCGUAUUUGCUGUGGACGGGGAAACGUGUGUGUGAAUUGAGCAGAACCUGCCGAAAAUAAUUUGAAAGCAGAAGCAAAACCGAAACGCAACGUAAACGCAAACACAAACGCAACGCAACGCAACGGCGCCAAGCGAUAACAAAACGAGGCAAGCGAAAAUAAUAAUAAAAAACAAAAACAACAACGACAACAACAUAUACUGCAGCAGCAACAACAACAACAACAACAACAAUAAUAACCAUAGAAAAUAACGAGAAAAGUCAGCGCGCUGCCGAAGACCGUCAAAAUUCUCAGCCACAGCCAGCACACACCACCUUACAGCACCUGCACCCUAUUAGCUGCCACCACGCUCCACCACAAACAGCCAGCCAUAAUGUUCGUCAAUUCGAUGACGUUCCGUGGAAAUCCGGCUAACUAUCAUCAGCAGCAGCCGGCGCUCAAUCAUCAUACGCUGGCCGCCGCUGCUGCCCACCAUCAGCAGCAGCUGCAUCAUCAUGCCGCAGCAACUGGGCACCUGAGCCACGGCGUUGGGGGCGGUCAUGCGGCUAGCAAUCAUUUGGCUGCUGCUGCUGUGCUGGGACGACAUGGACAUAACUCCUUGAAUGCCGGGCACACAUCCACCUCAUCGCAUUCGAGUGGUGCCCUGGCCAGUGGCAGCAGCGGCAGCAGCAAUAGUUCGCCGGAUAGCGGAAAGAUUUACAUUAAGAACUUGGAGCGUUCGAUUGACAACAAGGCGGUGUACGAUACGUUCUCAGCGUUUGGCAACAUUUUGAAUUGUAAUGUGGCCAAGGAUGAGGAUGGAAAUUCGCGUGGAUAUGGCUUUGUGCACUUCGAUUCGGAGGAAGCCGCUCGAGCGGCCAUCGAGAAGGUCAAUGGAAUGCUAUGCAAUAACCAGAAGGUGCAUGUGGUCAAGUUUAUACCGCGACGAGAUCGCGAACAGGAGAAGGCAACCCAUUUUAAGAAUCUGUACGUGAAGAAUCUCAGCGAGGAGUUCACCGAGCAGCAUUUGCGUGAAAUGUUCGAGCCCUAUGGCCGCAUUACCAGUCACAAGUUGAUGCUGGACGAGGAGGGACGUUCGCGCCGUUUUGGAUUCGUGGCUUUCGAGAGUCCACAAUCGGCGCUGGCCGCCGUCAUUGGGCUACACGGCAAGCAGUUGGGCGACAACAAGUUCUUAUAUGUGGCACGAGCGCUCAGCAAGGCUGAGCGGCAGCAGGAGAUCAAUCGCAAGCUGGAGGAGCGCAAACGUCAGAAGGCCGGUCAAAUAUUUUAUUACUAAAAAUUGGCAACGGAACGGACGGAUCUAAACGCUGUUGCGUUAGAUGCGAAAGUAACAAGAAGUUUAUUUAGAGUCCCCCGAUCGCCGCUCACACAUAACAUACAAUAUAUACACACACACACAACAUACCUAUAUCUUCUAUAUAUGUAUAUAUAAUUAUAUAUAUAUAUAUAUAUAUAUAUAUAUAGAGAUAUUUAUGUGAAAUUGUAUUCUGCAUCAAGCAAAAGAUUAAAAACAAAUGCAAUACACAGCAAGCACAGAAGAGACAACACACACACACACACAUUUAGGUGUAGGCAACCCACACACUCACUUUCACACUCUUAUUCAAAUGGAAAAAUAAGGAAUUCACACACAUAGAUUUCCAAAUAUUAGAACUUAAAAUGAAAUCUAUUAUAACAAAUGCAAAACAAAUAAUAAUUCGCUAGUUUUUCUUUAACUUUCUUUCGAUUAGAUGUUUGUCUCUUGUUGAAUUUAAAGAGCAGAAGCCGAAGUAAAAAGUAAAUAAAAAGUAAAAUUAAAAAUGAUAAGCAGCUUCUAGCUUCACGAACAGAAUGCGUACGCAUACUUCUAAAUACAUUAAAUUACUUACUAAAUAAUAAUAAAAGAAACUCACGCAAUUAGCAAGUGAAUUCUAGGCAAGCGUCGAAACAAAUAUAUAGCUACCAUGUCGAGUCAAGUCAUGGGCAAAUAAUGAAUAUUUACACACAUACUAUAUAUAUUAAAACAAACUACACGAUUGAUGUAAAAUUCUAUAAACAAUUAAAGCACCCACUUUACGUAUAUAAAGGCAAAAAAAAACAUAAAAAAAAAACAAAAAAUUAAAAAAAAUAUAUAUUAUACGCUGUAGUUUAAAAGCGUUUAUAAUAAUACUCACACACACACACAUCCUAACUAAUGC